AUGGCUUCAGCAGCUCGGUCAUUGACCCAGUCAACCCGGUACAUGGCUCGGAGGGGCCUGAUGGCCCCUUCUGUCCGGUAUUUCUCGGCUUCACCACUCAAUCGCGCCCAGGAGGACCCGGUGAUGCCUCCUCCGCCGAAGGACCUCGCCCCGGAGGAUUUCCCUCCUAUGCCUGAGUACUCUGUCGAGAACCUCACCAAGGAGCAGCGAUCAAUGUACGACCUGAUGUCUCCGGAGGAGCGCGCGGCCUUCGACGAGGAGAACACCCGCAUGGUCGCUGAAUUCAACGACCCCGUGAAGCGUGCCGCAAUUUUCUUCGAGCUGGAGAAGCGCGUCCAGCAGAUUGAUAAGGAGGAGGAUAUGCGAUUUGAGGAUAUCCGUCCCCGCCAACCUGGCUUUUGGGCCGAGGAUGAGCCCGAUGAGUUGGCUCAAGUGGAGGAUGGCGAUGAGGAAAUCAACGACGAUGAAAUCACCUCGAUGGCACAUGCCGAGAUGGAAUUGCACCGCGAAAUGAGAGAAUACGCCCGUCUCACCGCAUGGGACAUGCCAAUGCUGAGCAAGCUCGCCAAACCAUUCACUCUGCCUCCCCCUACCCACAUCCUCCGUUUCCGCUACACUACCUACAUGGGUGAACAGCACCCCGCUGAGCCCAAGGUCGUUGUGGAACUUGCCUCCAAAGAUUUGACCCCCACCUAUCUCACCGAAGCCCAGCGCCAAACCUUCCUCAAGCUGGCCGGCACCCGCUACAACCCGCAGACCGAUAUCGUCCGCAUGUCAAGCGAAAAGUUCGCCUCGCGCGCCCAGAACAAGCGCUACCUGCUCGACGUCGUCAACUCCAUGAUCAAGGAGGCUAAGGAAGGCGACUCUUUCGCCGAUGUCCCUCUCGACCUCCGCCACCACAAGCCCAAGACUAGACUGCAGUUCCCCGAGUCCUGGAACAUGACCGAGGCCCGCCGGAAUCAACUGGCUGCCCGUCGCAAGGAGCGCUUGGCUGCUGACGAGUCCCGAGAAGCUCUGGUGGACGGUAGCACUGUUGUCGCUCAAGCGAUCAAGAGUCUGCCCUCGCUUAACCCGGCUCUCCAGGCCAAGGCUGCCGAGGAGCGAGAGCGUGUUGCUGUCAAGGUUGGCGCUCGCAAAAAGCCAGCUCGCCGGUGA